AUGAUAUUCGAAUGUUUGAAGAAGCCCCCAAAUUUGAAAAAGUUAAAGUUGGAGAGGGUAACCUAUAAUUCCGAAUCAAAUAAGCUUGAAUACUUUGAUCAACUCAGCGAAGAUUUUUACCAGUUAAGUGUGCUAAUAUUGAUCGGUCCAAUAGAAAAGAAGGUUUCUCUUCGUUUCCCACCUACUCUUGUAGAGUUGAAGCUAAUAAACAGUGAUAUGAAAGUGCAUGAUCCAGUACGAAUAAUCGAAAGCUGUUGUCCCAAGCUGAAAGUUCUCAGAUUCAAAAAUAAUGCAUACCUCGGGACAGAGAUGAGAUUUUGUGUUGGUACGUUUCAGUCGUUAGUUGAGCUUGUAAUUGAGGGUAUGUAUGAACUUGAAACAUGGGUGAUUGAAACGGGUGCACUUCCUCGUUUGGAAAAGUUAUUCCUCAAGUAUCGUAUGAAGUUAGAAAGAUUACCAGAAGGGAUUAGAUUCAUUACUACUCUCCGACAAUUAGAAUUGAAUUACAUGCCAAGAAGUUUCUAUGAAAAACUUGUUUAUGUGGAAGAAUACUACUUAACAAGCGUUGUUGGUAAAAUUAAAGGAGAGGAUUUCUACCUCAUUCAACAUGUUCUAACAUAAGGUUCCUUAACAUUUCAGAUUACUGAUAAGCCAAAGGUACGUCAGUUUCUUUUACAGUUUUUUACUUUAGUACAUAGUAGGAUGUGGAAAGUCGGAGGGGCA